UGUCGCCAUGCUGAGGAGGGGUUCGCUCGCCUGGCUCUCCCGUAUCGGGUUGGUGCUGGUGCUGCUGUGCUGCACCGCCUCCCUGCUCUACGUCAACACCUGCGGCCCCCACCAGGAGGAGGGGCUGGGGGUCCACGCUCUGCCCCGGGCCGGAGCGGCCGGCGCCAGCGGUCCGAGCGGGGGGCCCACGGGCCGCGAGGGCUACCAGGCCCUGCUGCAGGAGCACGAGGACAAGCACCGCGUCCACAUCGCCAGCCUGAAGAAGGAGAUCGCCCAGCUGAAGGAGGCCCUGCAGGAGCGCAGCGAGCAGCUCAAGGGCGUCCAGGAGUCCCUGGAGCGAGCCGCCGGAGGAGGAGACGCCGCGGUGCCGGCCGCCAACGAGAAGAGCCCCAACGCCGACCUCCGGGAGUUCCUGCGCAGCCAGCUGAGCCAGGCGGAGGUGCACCAGGGCACGCGGCUGCCCAGCGAGUACGCCGUGGUGCCCUUCGAGAGCUUCACGCUGCAGCGCGUCUACCAGCUGGAGAUGGGCCUCACGCGCCACCCCGAGGAGAAGCCCGUCCGCAAGGACCGGCGCGACGAGCUGGGCGAGGUGAUCGAGAACGGCCUGCAGGCCCUCAACGCCCCGCGCAACGCCGGAGGGGACCGGAGCCUCAGCAAAGUCUACGCCCCGUCGGACUUCAUCGAGGGAAUUGCACGGACAGAGAAGGACAAGGGGACCUUGUACGAGCUGACGUUCCGCGGCGACCAGAAGCAGGAGUUCCGAAGACUGGUGCUGUUCCGUCCCUUUGGCCCGCUGAUGAAGGUCAAGAACGAGAAAGUGGACACAGCCAGCGUCGUCAUCAACAUCGUGGUUGCGCUGUCCCAGAGAGCUGACAAGUUCCGCCAGUUCAUGCACAACUUCAGGGAGGUGUGUGUGAGGCAGGACAAACGGAUUCACCUCACCGUGGUCUACUUUGGGAGGGACCAGAUGAGCGAGGUCAAGGGAACCCUUGAGAACACCUCUAGGGAGAUGAACUUCAAGAACUUCACUUUGAUCCAGCUCAACGAGGAGUUCUCCCGGGGCCGUGGGCUGGACGUUGGCGCGCGGGCGUGGAAGGGGGGCAACGUGCUCCUCUUCUUCUGCGACGUGGACAUCGUCUUCACGGCGGACUUCCUCAACACCUGCCGUCUGAACGCCCAGGCCGGUAAAAAGGUCUUUUAUCCGGUUCUGUUCAGCCAGUACAACCCUGCAGUCAUCUACGGCAGUCAUGAGCACAUUCCUCCAGUGGAACAACAACUGGUCAUCAAGAAAGACACAGGCUUCUGGAGAGAUUUUGGCUUUGGCAUGACGUGCCAAUACCGAUCCGACUUCAUCAACAUAGGCGGUUUUGAUGUGGACAUCAAGGGCUGGGGCGGCGAGGACGUGCACCUGUACCGCAAGUACCUGCACAGCAACCUCCUGGUGGUGCGCGCGCCCUCCCGCGGCCUCUUCCACCUGUGGCACGAGAAGCACUGCGCCGACCAGCUGCCGCCCGACCAGUACAAGAUGUGCAUGCAGUCCAAGGCCAUGAACGAGGCCUCGCACGGCCAGCUGGGCAUGCUGCUCUUCCGCCACGAGAUCGACGCGCACCUCCGCAAGCAGCGGGCGCGCACCAGCGCCAAGAAGGCCUGAGCGGGGUACGCCGCGCCGGGGUGUGUGCGGACGGACAGCGGACGCGGUGUGGCGGAGCGUUGAGACGGGAAAGCAGGCAGCAGGAUGAAGACUGUGUGGUCCUGGGCCCCCAUCAUCUCUUGCAAACAGGAUAAUCACACGCAAAGCUCCAAAGGCAAAAGACGCAGCUAGCAUCACAUGCUAUGGAAGGAGUUUGUGGGAACCGCCUGGGAAGUGUGACCAGAGUUGAAAGAAAAGUUGUUUGGACUUUGGACUGGAAGGGAGAGUGAGGGUCCUGAGUGCUCUUUGGAAGACUUGCGAUCUCGUUUAAAUGACUCGAAGAUGACAGAUGCACUUAUUCUCACAAGUUUCCAAAGUUUCAAAGAAACUUGCUUUUGGAACUAUUUUAUAUCCAUCAAAGAAACAAGAUUUGCCAUCCUCAAGAAAACACAUGGACAGGAAACUAGAGGAUCAAAGGUCAACAGCGUAAAACGAAAAGGUCAAAAGGUCAAGACUGUAUUUAAUUCAGAGUCCUGUGACUUAAGUGCUUGUUAACCUCACUGGUGUGAGUUGCUUGAAGGCUCCUUGCUGUCUUGUGACUGACUACACAGAACAAGGGCCACUAGGAGGACUGUAGAGCCUUGGUUACAGUGCCCUCUAGUGGUGAUUGUGAGACUCAUUGGAUUCAUGAAAAGAGAAAAAGAAUAGAUUGUAUUAUAUUUUAUUUUGCUGAAAGACAUAUUUUAGAUUUUUCUACUAUAAGAAAUUACAUUCUAACAGUUUUGCUACAUUUGUGGUGAACUUGAAAACUGCUACACUUAUACUAUUGUCACUUGUAGUGCUGCGAUUUUCACAUGUGAUGACAUUGACAUGGCUCACUGGUGUCCAUAUUUCCUGCACACAUGGAGCUUAAGUAGCUAUUUUUUAUUCAAGAAAUCUUGUAACUAUUUAUAUAUGCCUGACAAUGUAUUCUUUUUCAACAAAGAGGAUUUUCAAAUUCAGAAAGUGUGCAUAUUGUAGGCUUCUCUACAUAUGCGCUGUAGUUUUUAACACAUUUUACAGUGUUACAAAGAAAGGAACUGAAAAAAGUUUAGUGCAGCUUGUUCACAGAUUGUCAGGUGUCAAUGUGUGCCAACUGAGCAUUUUUCUGUUGAGAAUAUGUUUUGUGUCUUCCUAAAGUAGGAAGUGAUUAGACUAUGCCAUUGUCAAUCAGGGAGUUCGAGACCAUGAAUAAAACAAAAGCAACGUCUGUAGAACAGAGGUGGACAAAGACUAAAAAGAAAACAAAGUCUGUAACAUUUCUUGUUCAAAUUUCAACAAAUGCAAUGGCUGUGUGACAAGACCUUUUUUUUUAAAGGUCUGCCUAUUCUUCUGCAUGUACACAGAUAUAUCUUUAGUAUGGCUGCAGGAACACGACACACACACACACACACGCACACACACACAAUGACGACGAGCUCAAAGAGCUAUAACUCACCGCUGUCUGGUCAUUGCUGACUUGUGCUUUCAUGGAGUUUGUGCGGACACACACACAUACUCCAUCUAUUCUCCUUGUGGAAUGAUAGUGUUGGCUUCCAUUUUGCCUCCGUGCCAAACUGUAAUUGCCUUGUCUGCAAGCGUUGCUUGUUUUUGUUUUAUUUUGUUUUAUUUUGUUUUUUCUAUACAUUGCAAAAAGGAAAUAGAAGAAGUACUCAGCAAAGUAUUAUUGUUUGUACAGUACAGUAUAUUAAGUAUAAUAGCUGAAAUAGCUGGGGGGGGGUGAUGAUUAUGCUGACUUUUGCUGUUUGAGCUACUGGAAAAUAUUACCAUAAUGAACGACGGCAUUGGCUUGAUCAUGACAUGAGAACUAGGUAUUUAGAGUUGAUGACAUGGUGCUGGUCUGGUGUACGGCUCCCCAGCAGUGAAUGCCAUUCUCAGGGUGCUGCUACAGUGUUGGCUGAAGCACUGCUUUCACUGUACCUUUGUAUAGAUGACCAAAUGUUGUUAACAAAAACGAUCUAACUUAUUAAAAUUGCACUUUUGUUGAAUACUGUAUUAAAUGCAUUAUGCUCUGUGUAUUUCUUUCUUUUUUCUUUUUUUUAAUUUUUGUUUUAUUUUAUUAAAAAAAAUAGAGACACGAAACAUCAUCAGACAGUUUCUUCUGGAUUUGUUUGCUGGUUGAGAUAUAUGUGUGAAGAUUAGAUUUCAGUUAUACUCUAGUACAGACUGUUUUGUUUUGUUGGGUCAAAGACUCAAAUAAAGAAAGAUUAGUUCA